AGAGAGAGAAGACCCGUCUGGUCGAUAUCGUCGUCAAGUUGCCGUGUUCCCCCCCCAUCCCGAAAAAGUUGCCUAGGCAAUGGGAUCAUCCUCCCUGACUCAUCAUUCGGCUCCGACGUUCGAAAAAAACAUCUGGUUGUGCUCCCACUUCGCUCUUGAAGCGAAUCUCGGAACGUCCGGAAGAGUCUUCUUCAUAGCGCGAUGGUAACGGAAGUCGAGGAAACUGUCAAUAGGAUCCAGGCGCAGAAAGGCGUUGUCGGCGUUAUUGUGACAACUCAUGAGGGUAAUCCCAUUCACUCUACUUUCGACACGCCCACAACUACCAAGUACGCUUCGGUAGUAUCGAACCUCUCAGAUGCGGCGAAAGCGGCUGUACGAGAAUUAGAUUCCGCGAAUGACCUGACCUUCCUGAGAUUGCGGACGAAGAAGCACGAACUCAUGAUCGCACCCGAUAAAAACUACAUGUUGAUCGUGGUACAGAAUACCGGCACUCUACAGAAUUAGCAACGUACGGCAAGGCUCGUGUCUUUCAUCAGCAUGGCAUCAAACUAGCACACACAAACCCAUAGAUAUAUUAUUUGAUUAUGUCGAUAGCCUGAAUAAAUGAGCUGAAGUU